AAAGAGGCGGGGCUAUUGAGUCCAGAAAUUUGACAGAGGAAGUUGCUGUCCCUAUGAACUUUGGUUCGUCGAUAAACGGUGGUUGUCCUUCCUAAAAGCGCUCUGGACUAAGCGAUGCCAUGGCGACGGAGGGGGAGCCGACCGACGCGAUCAAAGUGCUGCACCUGCUGCUGCUCGCCUUCACCUGGGGCAUGCAAGUCUGGGUCUCCUUCAUCGGAGGUUUCGCUCUGGUGAAGCAGGUGUCGCUGCAUACCUUCGGUUUGGUCCAGAGCAAGCUGUUUCCUGUUUACUUCUACUGCCUGCUGGGAAGCAACUUCACCAGCCUGGCCUUGUACGCCGUGUACCACCCCAGAGAGCUGCUGGACUGGCAUGAAAGCGUGCAGAUGCUGAUGUUCUUCGUGGCGCUGAUAACAGCGGGCCUGAACGCCCAGUGGUUCGGCCCAGCGGCCACCGAGGUCAUGUUCCAGAUGAGGGCGGUGGAGGAGGAGCACGGUCUGGGGAACCAGGUGGGGCUGGGCAGCCAGAGGGAGGACUACGCCAAGCUGAAGGAGCAGGACCCAAAGUACCGGGCCCACAGGAAGACGUUUGGGCGGUACCACGGCCUGUCCAGCCUCUGCAACCUCGUCGGCUUCCUCUGUGUCACAACUAACCUGGUCUACACCGCUCUCAAGCUGUCCACCAUUUAAACACCGGUCAUGUCAGGUCCGCAGGUAUUCAUGCGGUAUUCACAGUUUUCCACUUUUUAUUAUAUAAAGAAAAAAAGUCUUAUUGGGGAUGUUAGUGCGACAAACAUAAAAAAGUACUAAAGAGGGAAAUGGUAUUUAAAAUCUAUGGGGGACAUAAUGCAAACAUCAACUAACUAUAUAGAACAAAAAGAUGCAAAAACAAACAAGCGAGACGCUUGGAUGUUUAAGAAUAAAAUAUAGUACAUUUAAUAAAACAAACCCACCGUCAGAAAUAUUAAACAAAAAGGGAGAAAACUAUUUUUUAAACUGAAAAGUUCCAAUAAUGGUUUAGUUGGGGUUGAAUUGAAAGAACCUGCAUGUCUAAACAAAAUCUUCUCCAAUAAGAAGAAGUUAUUUAUAACAACCACACUAUAUUAUUGUCUGAGACUGGAGCAAGUAAAUUUUUAUAGUAAAGUCAACAUCAAAACUUCUUAUAAAGCCCCAAAAGACCUUGUAAGUUUAAUUUCAGGAAUAUAAGUAUUUUUAAACUGCAUCACCCUGAACACAUCAUCCCCACAGGGAAACAUGGUGGUAGUAGCAUCAUGUUUUAUUUCUGUAGAGAGAGAGGAAGAUGCAGAAAUGUUUUGAAGUUUGUGGAACAUUUGCAUCUCGUAUUGAUGUUCCAUUAAAAACCAUGUUUCUUUUUCUUGUCACUUCUCAAUCACACCACAUUGUGUCUGCAUACCGCAUAAAAGUUGGCCACAUUUGUGGUUGUGUCAUGACGCGAAUGUGAAAGUGUUCAGGGUAUAAAUAAGACUGAGCGAGACAAUACUUGGAUGUAGACUACUUUAUGUCAUAAGUGAUCCAGAAUUUGAAAUGUAUUUUUGCACUCACAGCACAGGCGGGCGGAGAUGCGCUGACGGCGCGAUGUCGAUCUGAGCAGAGAUUAUGGAACAAACAUGCACCUGUUGCCGACGUUUACUGAGGAAGUUAUGAAUCCAUUAUUUUUCUUGUAAAUGAUAUUUUUCUUGUAAAUGAUACGAUGAUAUUUUUGCUUUUAUUACAAAUACCUUGUUUGCUGAACAUGCUGUUUCAACAAUGUGAAACAAAUUCGAGCAUCUUUUUGCAGUUGCUUUGUUUCUCCAGCAGAUGGAGACACUCAGCCAUAAUUUCCUAAUCCGUAUCAAUGUUGAUGCUGCAUUUCAGUUCUAUUGUUGCAUUAUGUAAGAAGUUUUUCAGUUUGAAAUUAACACUGUGAAUAAUAGAAUAAAUAGAUUUAUGGAUUAUU